AUGUGUAGGUCGGUUUCAAAUAUGCUUGAUAGAAUCUCCGGACUUUCGAAGGAUGCCUCCCCAAACAGCACAACAACCAUUCAAGAAAUCAUCACUCUUGAGAAAUGCCUGACAUCGAAAGUGAGUGCCUUAUUCUUGAUUUGCAAAAUGCUUAAAAUUCCAGCUUGCCCGGUCUGUGAUGUUCCGUGCCGCAUUGAACCCCACUUCGGUGGGAUCGCGUGCGCCGCCUGUGCUGCAUUCUUCCGACGUACUGUCUCGCUGAAUAUUGGAUACAUGUGCAAACGGGAGAAGCUUUGCCGGAAGGCGAGGAAGAGCUGCAGGGCGUGCAGGUUCGAACGAUGUGUGAAGAGCGCUGGACUACAACGAGAUUAUGUAAGACAAUUACUCACCCCGAGGAAUACUCCACUAUACAUUUUGAAUAGACAGGAUAAUACCGGCGGUGAGAUUGUUAGAGCUUUUGCCUCUCCUACAAUGCCAAAACCGGAGCCUACUCCUCAACUCGGUUUCAGUGACAUUUUGAAAGUUAGUAACUCGAGCCUCUUCAAGUUUUACCUGAAUCAAGUGGAAAAAGCUGUCAAACUAAGACAGAAGAACACACUAACUAUCAAAACAAAUGCGGAACUUUUGAAAAUAGUAGCCACUCAGCAAGAAUUGGCAUUGGAAGCAUGCAGGACGUGCCCUGGCAUGGAUUUACUUGACAAGGAAGAUCGUAAAGUGGUUCAGAAAUAUUUUGUGUUUUCUAAUGUUUGGAUAGAAUCAACAUGGUUAUAUAGUUUAGCGAAGGAACAUCUCGAAACUGAAAAUAAUCUGAAUUUUGACAUAAAUUUGAAGAAAUUCAUCGAGCAAGUCAAGUCAACUCUGUUAUUUUCAUUUUCUCAAUUCAAACUCAACAUCUUUGAGCUCGCAGCAUUCAAAGCAAUAUGCAUAUGGAAAUUGAUUUAUCACGAGACAAGCCGAGCCAUGAAAAUUAUUGCUCAAGAACACUAUGAUGGGGUCGCUAGUGCAUUGCGAAACUAUUACGAGACUCAUACAUCGAUGGAUCACUCGGAAAUAGCCAUUCGAAUAGGCGAGAUCACGUUGCUAGUUGUUUCAAUUUUCCAAUUGUACCAUGAUAUGGCAAAAUUAUAUGUUCAAAUUGGAAUUCCAUUUUAG